AUGGCCUCCCCGCGCCUCGGGACCUUCUGCUGCCCCACGCGGGACGCCGCCACGCAGCUCGUGCUGGGCUUCCAGCCGCGCGCCUUCGCCGCCCUGUGCCUGGGCAGCGGCGCGCUCCGCCUGGCGCUCGGCCUCCUGCAGCUGCUGCCCCGGCGCCGGCCCGCGGCCCCCGCCCCGUCCCCCCCGGCCCCGCCGGCGCCGGCCCGCGCCCCCGCCUCCACCCGAAUCCUGCGCGCCGCCCUGGCCUGCGACGUGCUCGGCUGCCUGGGUAUCGUGGUCCGCGCGGCGGUGUGGCUGGGACUCCCUGACUUCGUCCAGAACCUGUCUGCGGGGAAUGGGACAGCCAUCUGGCCUGCCGCCUUCUGCGUGGGGAGUGCGGUAUGGAUCCAGCUGUUCUACAGCACCUGCUUCUGGUGGCUGUUCUGCUACGCGGUGGACGCCUACCUGGUGAUCCGGAGGUCAUCGGGGCUGAGCAUCAUCCUGCUCUACCACCUCAUGGCCUGGGGCCUGGCCGCGCUGCUCUGCGCCGAGGGGCUGCUCAUGCUGUACUACCCGUCCCUGUCCAGGUGUGAGCGGGGCCUGGAGCACGCCGUCCCGCACUACGUGAGCGCCUACCUGCCGCUGCUGCUCGUGCUGCUGGCCAACCCGGUGCUGUUCGGCAAGACGCUCUCGGCAGUGGCCUCGCUACUCAAAGGGCGGCAGGGCGUGUACUCGGAGAAGGAGAGGCGCAUGGGCGCCAUGAUCAAGACCCGCUUCUUCAAAAUCAUGCUGGUCGUCGUCGUCUGCUGGUUGUCCAACAUCAUUAACGAAAGCCUUCUCUUCUACCUGGAGAUGCAACCGGACAUCGAAGGAGGCGCUCUGAAAUAUGUCAGAAAUGCGGCCAAGACCACGUGGUUUAUUAUGGGCAUUCUGAAUCCCGCCCAGGGCUUCCUCCUGUCGCUGGCCUUCUAUGGCUGGACCGGAUGCCGCCUGGACUUCCAGUCUCGCCGGAAGGAGAUCCAGUGGGAACCCAUGACCAGCUCGGCCGCCGAACGGGCCUGCCCGGCCCACCAGGGCCCCUGCGUGCCUGGGGGCAGCCCCGCCUCCAGGAAGGUGGCACGUGAGGGCGGCCACACGUCUGACGAGGCCCUGAGCAUGCUGUCUGGAGGGUCCGACGCCAGCACAAUCGAAAUCCACAUCGCAAGCGGGUCCCGCCAGACGAAUGAGGGGGAAGCUGUUCCCCAAAUCCAGGGAGACCUGUGA